UUUCUUCGCCGCGUUUGCUGCUCGCUGAAGAAAAUAAAAUUAACCAGGAGCGCAAAAAACGCGAAUCGCAUAUUGUCUGCGCAGCUAGCCAGAUUAACGGGAUCGAAACGGUUGUUGUAUAUCUUCGCUCGCUCUUUUUGCCGCCUUUUGACUUUCGGUCGUGAAAUUUGAGCCUAAUUCGUUAACGCCUGACCACAUUCGUUAUAUAUACAAUAUAUGCAGCCCGACUUCCACGCUGAGAGCUACCAAAGAGGCCCAGGAAUAGUUUUUAGUCACAUCUCUAAAAUCCCGCAGAGGAGCAACGUUUCCAAUAAGCAAGCAUACAUAAAUGGUUUCUACUUUCAUUGGUCUAUUAGACAUUCAAUCAUGGUGGGAGAUACCGUGUAUUUCGCAUUUCUGUUCAUUGUUUAGUUCCGCCUUUGAUCUGCCCGACAUCGACAUCGAGGACCUCGAAUCGGCGCUGCUCUCCGAUGGUACCAGCGAUGAGGAUCAGGUCGCCUUAGUGCCCGAGUUAAUUGUGCGCCUGCUCAAGGGCUGCGAUGCGCUACAGUCGGUAGCCAAGGAAAUCACACACAGCAACUAUCAGAUGUUCUUGCGUCGCUUCCUGCGCCAACAGUGUCGCCUGCACCAGACCGAGAACCACUUUGACACGGACAUUGACUUCCAGUCGCUGCCCGUGCGCAAGCGCCUGCACAUUCUGCACGAUCUGUGCCACUUUCGCCUGGACUCCGCCGAUGUGCAGGUCAUCCUCAGCAAUCUAGAGGCGGACAGUCUGCGCGUGGAGCCCCUGGGCUACGACGCCAAGAACUCCGGCUACUGGUACUUCUACGGCACGCGACUAUAUCGGGAGGACAAGGCCACCGGUGGAGCGGCCGCCUCCAGUUCGGGUUCGUCCGGUUCGGGAUCAGGGUGCGCCGGAGCCUCAACUGGCGGAGCAUCCAAUAGCAAGGGCAUCGGCAGCAACGGCACAGUUUGGCAAGUCAUCUGCUUCACCGAAGAGGACUGGCAAAACUUGGCCGCCAAGUUUAAGACAUCGACGAACGCCAAGGAGCGCGAACUCUUUCACAUACUCGAUGACAACUUUCUGCCGAAGCUACCGCAGCUUUUCCGCGAGCGUGAGCGUUUGAGGCGUAGGAAACUCUUGCAAGUGCGCAACUCCAGUCGAAUUCGCAAUAUCGCGGAGUUAAAGGCGCGCCAAGAGGAGGAGCGUCAGCGUCGUGAGCGGGAGAAUCUCUACCAGGAGCGGCAAAACGCGCACUGGUUGGCACCGCCGCAGCAACAGCAGCAGCAGCAACAACAGCAGCAACAGCAGCAGCAUCAACAGCAGCAAUCGCAGCAGCGCACACGCAGACGAUCCCAGUCUACGUCGACAGCUAGUGGUAUUUCAACCUACGCAAGCUCCCUGAGACGAACAACCACAACUAAUUCGAGCGAAUUUCUGUGCCACAGGGAAACCUUCUGCCUCUCGCCAGAAAACGACGACGACGACGACGACGAGGCCCUCGACGCGGAGCAGCAGUCAGAUCAGCCAGAACAGCAGCAGCAACCAGAGGAGCAACCGCCCGAAGAGGAGCAGCGGCAAGAACCGGAGGAAUUAUUAGCAGCCUCAGCAACUGGCGACGAUUUUCGCUCUCCAGAAGCGCCGAAAUCGCAAACGCCGGCGGAAUUGAAGAGCAAGAGUAGUCACCACCACCAUCAUCAUCACCACAAGAAGAAAAAGUCGGGCAAGAAGCAGAAGAAGCGACAUCAUCGUGAUAAAGAUCGUGAACGGGAUCGCGAGCAUCAUCAUCAUCAUCAUCGGCGGCGACACAAGCAUGCUUCAGAGGCAGACGAAGGCGAGGACGACAACAAUAACCACAACAGCAACAGCAAUAGCAACAGCAACACCAAUAGCACCAGCAGCAACAACAGUGUCCAGCCAAAGCGAAGACGUAGUGGUCAACAGCAACAUCAUCAGCAGGCAGAGACUGCCGAGCCCAGCACUUCUCUAAGUCCCGAGGACAAGGAGAACUUUUGUAGGCAGCUACAACUGCUGGACACCAAUUCGGCGGCCAUUGCGGUGGCCACAAGUAUUGCCGAUCUAAGUCUGCCCUCGCCGGUGGCACAUGAGAGCGAAGCCGAGCAGGACGAGCAGGUUGAGCAGCCGGCAGUAGUGGUAGCACAGCCACCAGCAGUAACUUCUUCAAUGGCGCCAGCGGCAAAUGUGAAAUUGCCUGGCAGGCAGACGAACAAUUCGCUCAGUUCGCUGACUGGAAACAUCUUCAUACCGGGAGGAAGCGCCCAGCAACAGCAGCAGCAAUCCCAGGAGCCGACGAGCAGCAGUAGCAGCAGCCACAGCGGCACCACCACAACAGCCAGUACUGCGCGUUCCAAGAAGCAGAAGGCCGUGCUCAACAGCACAGGGAGCAGCAGCACCAGCAAAGUGGCCGACAAGGCGGAUCGCAACUUGAGCAAGACGGAGACGGGCAAGUCCAAGAAGUCGGCGACUGGCUCAUCGGCGUCAUCGUCCUCCAGCAAAACGGAACGCAUCAGCGGUGCCUACUCGGACAAGAGUGGCGAUGACCAUGUAAAUAGUAGCAACCGUAGCACCACCAACAACAACAGCAGCCUUAACAACAACAACAACCAUAAGCACGCGUCGCACCACAGUCACAACAACAACAACAACAGCCAUCCAACGACGACAUCGGCUACAACAACAGCAACAACGACAACGUCGCAGGGAUAUCAUUACAAUUCGAAUCAUAAUCAUAAUCAAAAUAAUCAGAACCACCAAAACUCCCACACCCACUCACACUCACACCACACCCACCAUCAUCAUCAUCACCAUACCACUAAUAAUCACAGUAACAAACAUAAAACCAAAUCGCACCACUCCCUUGCCCACAACAACAACAACAACAAUAAUCACACAACAAACGCAACAAGCACAUCACAACUCCACCCAGUAAACACAAACAACAAUUCAACGUACAACUCCUCCAAUCAUGCGAAUAUUCUUAGCUUCACCGAAACGGAGGAGGUCCUGCAAAUCGGGAUGCACAAGGUGCUCGUCUACGUGAAGAACCAUCGCGAUGCUUGGCCAUUUGUGGAUCCCGUGGAGGAGGAUAUAGCACCGCGCUACUACUCCAUCAUCAGGAGACCCAUGGACCUGCUGAAAAUGGAGGACAAACUGGACAGUGGGGAGUAUCACAAAUUCAGUGAAUUCCGCAACGACUUUCGUUUGAUUGUCAACAACUGCAGAUUGUACAAUGGGCACAACAAUGAAUACACAGAGAUGGUUAACAAUCUGCAGGAUGCUUUCGAGAAGGCCACCAAAAAGUACUUUGAUAAUCUCUCCGACGACGAGGAUGAUGAUCCCAAUCUGAGCUACCCCGCCGCUGACUCCAAGAUGAACGUGUUUCGCGAGAAGUAUUUCAGUAAGAAGGCGAAGGAGGAAACGGAGAAGGAUGCGCCAGGUCGGCCGGAGAGCAGCGCUGAGGAUGAUCUCAGCGAAAUCGAAGCGGAGGUACCUCAAAAAGCCCAGAAGCGCAAGCGUAAGGAGAAAGACAAAAGACGUAAAAAGAAGACGAAGAGCAAGGCGGAUGUGGAAACGGAUGAUGAAGAUAUGGAGACGGAAAGGGAACCAACACCACCUCUUCCACCUCCUCCGCCAACAAGCAAGAAGAGCAAAACAAGCAAGGUAGGAAAGGAAAAGGAAAAAGAUAAGGAAAAGGAAAAGGAGAAGGAUAAGGAAAAAGACAAAGAAAAGGAGAAGGAAAAGGAAACUUCUUCAAGCAAGCGAGGACGAAAAACUAAAAGCGAUAAAGCCGCGUCCAAAUCCAGCAAAAAGACCAAAAAGGGGGCCAAGAAGUCUUCGGCCGAUUCGGAUCCUGAGUCGGAGCCGAGCGACAGUCGCGAGAGCGAGGAUUACAGCGAUGAUGACCACAUUUCGUUGGCCAAAACCAAAUCUCUCGUUAAACCCACAGCUCGCACGAUAGCGGCACAAAAGAAGAAAUCUGUACCCGCUGAAUCCAAAGUAAAGAUGCCCACUCCCGUCAAGCGGCAAGUGAAAGGCAAGGGCAAAGGUGGUCGCAAGGCCAAGGACGACUCCCUGGAAAGCGACCAAUCCGAUGUGGAUGUUAAGAAGCAGCUGCCACCAACUGCAGCUGCCGCUCUAGCCGAUUCCGCCGCCGAGCUGGAAGAAGAUGGGGAUGAUCCGCCCCCGGAUGAAGACGAAGAUGAGGAUAGCUCGCGGUCGCGAAGCAUGUCACCCUUCAAGGUUGAUCUCCACAAGAAAUACUCAAAAAGUGCCCUUAACGAUGAUCUCUCCGAGCUGCUGACCACCGUGAAAAAGGUUCCCUCCGCGGAAACCACAAAACUGAGUGCCCGGCACCAGGAUGAAGCGGAUGAGGAGCGAUCUUCCCGAGAGUCUGACGGCGACUUUAAAUCCUUAAGCAACAGUAGGGCCAGCUCUGAGGAGCGUCCGCCGGUGGCGAAGAAAGGAAAGAAGGGGGAAAGCUCGAAAAAGGAGAAAGAAAAGAAAGGCAGGGAUAAGGACCGAGACAGGGACAAGGAAAAGGACAAAGAAAAGGACAAAUCCCGCAGCGCAAAGCAUAAGAAAAGUAAAGACGAGUCUCCACUUUCAGCGGCCGCCGCUGCAGCCGCAGCAGAGCAGGCCGAACUGGAGAUGCUGUUGCCCUUCAUGGACAAGUACGAUGUGAUCAAGUACCGACGUAGUCGUGCUGCUCUGAGCGGUUCCAGUGCAUCCAACUCGGUAGCACCCUCCGAGGAUUCCAAGUCAGCGAGCACUAAAGGCAAUAGGGAGAACAAAAAAGCUUCUGCGAAGCGAGAAAAGUCACCCGAUGCUGUGGAACACAAGCGCGGACGGAAAAGCAAAGACCAAAAGCGCACAAAGGAGUCGGAUAAAGCGGACAAAACUGAGAAAGCUUCAAAGGCCGACACCGAGAAACACACCGAGAAGUCGAAGAAAAGGGAGGAGCCACAAAAAGUAGUGGAAAAGCCGCCAAGAGAAAAAUCCCCCGUACCGGCAUCAGCUUUGGAAACUAUCAAGGAACCUCCAGCUCCAACUCCCACACCCACAUCAGCGGCCGGUAAAGUGAAGGAAGCACCAGCUAAAAAGGAGCCCAAGAAAAGACCCGACAAACAAAUGCCGCCGCCACCGAAACCUGCCGAUAAACCAAAUGAAAAGGGAUCGGGCAAGAAGACGUCCAGCAAAAAGGCAGCCCAAAAAGCGGGACAACCGCAGACCAACAAUAACACAAACCUUGAAGCAUUGGAUGUGGAAACAGAACAGACCCUUAAGGACAUAAAUCGCUGGCUGGAGCACACGCCCCGCUUCACGGAGUUCAGUUCGGCCAGUAAUUCACCAUCGCGAUACAAUCUUCUGGAUGACUUCGACUCUGGAAUUGGUAGUAAACUAGAUGCGGCCGAUUUUCGACGACCAGUGGCAUUGGCGGCUCCAAAAGCGGAAUUGGUACCAACUAAAUUGGCUGAGGCACUCAACGAACUGGUGAGCGAACCAAAAGAGGCUGCUAGCAAAUCGGAAUCGGAGUCGGUGGCUCCAACUCCGAGUAGUGUGAGUAGUAGCUGUGGUACUCCUCCGCAUUCAAUGCACUCAGGGAAUUCCAUUGGAAGCACAUCCGCCACUGCGGCCUCCAGUUCAAAUUGCUCCAACAACUCGAUGCCCACUCCAUUACCCGUGGCGGUUACUCCCACGCCAACGCCCGCGCCUCCGCCACUGCUUCCAAUUCCCAAGCCAAAAGAGCCAAGCACCACGCAGCUGAUUCUCAAUCCACCACCGCCACCUCAAGUUAAACAGCAGCUGGCGAAGGAGGCCAAGCGCAAGUCCCUGAAAGAAAAGCAGGCGGCUCAAGCUGCCCAAGCGCAGCAGGUGAAAGCCAAGGCGAAUGUUAUGAGAACCAUUGAUAGGCUUCAGCCAGGCAAAGCAAAGGGAAAUCUCCUGCAGAAUGUAGUCGCCGUAAAAUCAACGGAGGAGGGCGGAGAUUCGCACGCAGGUGUAAAUCCAGUGGCCACCAAGGUGAAGGAGCUGAAGAAUGCUCUUAUCACGGAAACAUGCGAGGGAGCACCGAAACUAAGUUUGGGUACUGUUUUAAAGACCCAGGACUUUACGUUGGGCAAAUCUCUCGAGGAAAUGUCUGGAAAAAAGGACGCGACGGAAGACGAUAGUCCAAAUGAGGAAAUCAAACCGGAGAAUGUUUCCACGCCUACAACACCGAACACAGAGGCACCACCAAAGCCAUUUGAAGCCCUUCUUGAACUCAGUAAAAUAGGCAAAUCCACAGAGCCAUCGAAAUCGGAGGCCAGUCAGAAGGAGAAGCCCAAUCUCAGCGCCUGGCUAAAAGCUUUCGGUGGCCCAAAGGUUAGCAAGAAGUCAGAGGAGGAGGAAAAGCAGCAGACGCCGGCCCAAGAUCUUCAAGGAGAUUCCAAGGUGGAUCCGCCAGCUCACUCGCCCGCUGGGGACAACUUCUGCCUACCAACAGUACUGCGCCAGAGGAAACCAAGCACUGGCAGCACGAAUUCGGAGAGAAGUUCCUUUAGCCAGGAUCCAGAUUCACCUAGAAUCGCCAUCGAUGAGCGUUAUGCAUCUUAUGCCGCUGGUUCUUAUACCUCGCCGAUCGGUGCCUCACCCAUUGGCGCAUCCCCCAUUAUGGUUUCUCCGAAGCCCAAUGACGAUAUGGGUAAACCAGCAUCUCCUUAUCCUCUAAAUGGGGCUAUCAAAGUGGGCUUUUACCAGGACACCACGACCAAGAGCAGUCCGGACAAGAGCUGCAGUCCCAGAGAGAUGAACUCGCCGUAUCCGCAGUACUCGCAGCAUAUCUACUCCUCCGCCUCGUCACCUAAUGUAUCCACGCCGGAUAUGAGUGGAACGUCCCCUUACGGAGGAGGAAACAGCUACAAUCCUUCGGGUUCUGAGGCUUCUAAGACUCCAGCGUAUUCUUCCACAUCCCCGCUUCCGAUUUAUGACCAAUACAAGCAGCCGCGCUCCCAGGAAUCGGACUACAACUCUUCCAUGAGUCCGAGCACACCCAACCCACAUUCGCCCUACCAGCAACCCCAAAGUUCUCCGUACACCACCCCGCAGCAGUCGCAAUCGACACACCCGUCGCCAUAUCAUGGCCAGUCGCCGUACCACCAGCAGCAGCACUCACCAUAUCAUCCACCCGCGGCGCAGCAGCAACAGCAAUCCUCGCAGCCUUCGCACAGUCCGGCAGCCCAUCAGCAGGCACUCAGUCCUAUGCACAGCGUGGAAUCGCCAGCGUCCUCGGCAGCAACGCAACCGCCUACACCGUUGGCUCAGUCGCCGGCGGAACAGCAGCACUCGCCGUAUCAGCAGCCCGUGUUAUCACCUUAUCAGCAGCCGCAGCAACAGGUGCAGCCGCCGGUGGUACCGCCAGUUCAACCAGCCACAGGUGCUCAGUCAGCAACGGCUCUGGGCAACAAUGGUUAUGCGCCCCCUCACGAUAGCUACCAGCAGCUUCAGCAACAACAGCGAUCCUUGUAUAACCCAGCCACUUUGAUCAAUCCUCUGCCGACCGCUGCGUCCUCAACUGCUUCCAUAACAAAGCCUAACAAUGACUGGAGUCUAAAUCGUAGCUUGCUGCCCCCCAGUAUUACGAAUACUGUAAAUCAGGCGGCACAGCAACAGCAGCAGCAGCAGCAACAGCAGCAACAGCAGCAACAGCAGCAACAGCAACAGCAGCAGCAAGCUGGACAGCUACAACAGCAGCCACAAAUGCAAGCUGCGCAGCAGUUGCAGUCUACACCUCAGCAGCAACAGCAACUACAAGCAACACCUCAACAGCAACUACAAGCAACACCUCAACAACAGCAGCAACUACAAGCAGCUCCUCAACAGCAGCAGUUGCAAGGAUCCCAACAACAACAGCAGCAGCAACAGUUGCAGGCACCUCAGCAACAGGGACUGGGCCAUCAGCAGCAACACAAGCCGAAAUAUCCAACCUAUGCGCAAUAUCAGUCUACUAAUGCCGCUGCCAAUGCUGCAGCUGCAGCAGACGCCGUGCAACAGCAACAGCAGCAGAAAAUUGCGCCUCCAACUUAUGGCAGUGAUAUGGCCACAUUUAUGCAGCAUCAAAUGCAGCAGCCACCCAAAACGGAUACCUUAAUAAAUCCCCUUAAACGACCCGGAGAGGAAAUUGGUAUGGAUUACAGUGGAAAUGCGGCCAAUAAAAUGCAGAAAAGAGAAGAGACUCCUGCGCUGCAGCAACAACAGCAGCAACCAGCCCAAAACCAGACGCCAUCCAUGCUUAACAAGCACGAGCAAAUGUUUAAUAGUUUCCUGGGCUCUAUGGCAUUCGGCAAACCUAUUGGCAACAUAGCGCCUGAUAAAGCAUUUGAGAUGUAUAACCGAGCGGCGGCCAUGGGAUUCCCCAAGGACUUUGCAAAGGACAAUAGUUGUCAGCUGCAGCAGCAACAGCAACAGCAGUCGCCCCAGGUGGCAACUAACAAGCAGCAGACGAGCCAACAAACGCAGCAACAACCGCAGCAGCAGUCCCAGCAAUCGCAACCACAUCUUACUCAGCUUCAGACGGCGCUCAGUCAAAACUACCAGCAACAGCAGCAGCAGCAAACGCAGGCGCAAAAAUUGCCGCAGCAGCAACAACAGCAACAGCCGCAACAACUCAACUACCAGCAACAACAGACACAACUCAACCAUAAUUAUACCGCACAGCAACAGGCAACUGCAGUGCCGGACAAACCAACCGCCGCUCAGUCAACAGUUGCUGCUGCGGUAAGCGAAACGAGCAGCAACAUGAUGAAUCUACCCUCUACGGCGCACCAGCAUCAUCUCAGCCAGACGCAUCACCUGGCCGCCUACAACAAGCCAACGCCACCGCCUCCCCAAACCUACAGCAAUCCUUUGAUGCAAUCGAUGUUGGGCUAUGCCGGAAACUAUUUCGACAAGGCCAUACCGCCGGCAGCGCAUAUGUAUAGCGCUUCCAGCUCUGCGGCUUCGGCUUAUGGCAAUCCGGCGCAGCAACUGCCGGGUAAUUAUGUUCCCGGCAACAACAAUCCCGCUCACCAGCAACAGCAGCAGCCACAACAACAACAACAGCAAGCUCCUGCAGUUCCGCCAGCAGAAGUCAAAGCGCCAGCGAAAAGGGGGCGGAAAAAGAAGGCGGCUACUAUUGCGGCCGAAGCUGCGGCUGCGGCUGCCAAGCAGCAGCAACAACAGCAGCAGCAACAGCAGCAACAGGCGCAACAGCAGCAACAGGUGGCCGCCCAGCAGCAGCAGCAUCAGCAGCAACAAGUCUCAGCCCAGCAGCAGCAGCAUCAACAGGUGGCCGCCCAGCAACAGCAGCACCAAGCCAUGCCGCAGUACAAUAUGCCGCAAUCAGUGGCUUCCGCGGCCGCUGCCACCAAUAAUCAGCUGCAGGCGCAUGCGCAGGCGCUGCACCAAGGCUUCCAGUUGUAUGCGGGUCUAAAAUCCGGAGGUGUAUCCUCGCCCGUUGGCGGUUCAGCAGCUACGCCGGUAAACAGUGGUUCCACCAGCAAUCAGACGGCGGCCGAUGCGGCAGCCAUUUCACUGAAAACGUCGACAGGUGGAAUGGUGCCCGGAAGUGCCUUCAACUUUGCGCCAACACCAGGAACGCUGGGCUUGUACGGAGACCAGGCCGCUGCAGCUAGCAGCUAUUUGGAUCAAUUUAGAGAUGCUCCCAAUCCCUACUACAUGCCACCGGCACCGGCACAUAGUGGCACAGCUGCGAAUCCGUCUGGAAAUGCAGCGGACAAGGGUCAAAAUCCAUUGAACACGGCAGCUGGAUCGUAUCCCUUCCUGGCGGCGGCACAUCCAUCCUCGCGGGCAGCGGCUGCUGCAGCUGCAUAUCCGUUUGCGGAUCCCAACUCGCAGUUGUACCAGCAGUACCUAAGGCGCGAUGACUUUCACACGCGGAUGAUCUUCAACCAGAGUCUGCUGGGCGGACCGGCAGCGGCGGCGGCAGCAGCCGGAUAUGGUCAACCGCCGCCGCCUCCAUCCGCCUAUCAACGCGCUGCACUGGGCAUGCCAAAGCCGUAUGACAUCAACCGGCAGUCAUGGUUUUAGCAGUACGCCAGUGCCGCCAACGUGGAUCUCCAAGGAGACGACCUGACGGGGGCGGCAACUGGAACAGCAUCGGGACCAGCAGCAGCUUCAUCCUCGACAGCAGCUACACAGCGAUGAGAUCGAAAGAGUGGGCAGGUUUAGAAAGGUUUCAAAUCCACAUACUAAUUGGUUCCAAAAAGGUAAACAAACCCCACAGUUUUAGUUUCGUUUUCGAGCUUAUAUGGAGAAAUAACAGUAGGACUUUUAUUUUUUGAAACUCGCUUUUUAUAUUGUAUAUUUUUUAUUUAUGCUCAAAAAAGGCAUAGAAAUCGUGUAUUAGAAAAACUACUACUUUGGCAAAAUGUUUGGCAUUCUAAAAUCUAAUAUUUAGUUUCGUGAACGAAAAAGAGAACCAUCUUCUUUUCCUGCAAGAAGCAAAGUUUGUGUUAUGUGUAAAAGUAGGUGGACUUUUUGAGGUGUCUUUUUGUUUUGUACUGAUAUUUGAUAUUCAUUUUGGAGACUCGAAUUUCACUGCCCCCAUCCUCUGACUCAUUUUUGUAUUCUAUGAACAUUUUCAUUUGUGCAAUGUUUCCUUUUUGACUGCAGUUGCGCCCUGGACUUUGGCCACGCCUAAAGAGCAAGUUUGUUGGUCUUUAGUUUGUAAACUUUCAGUAGUCUGUAGGUUUUAAGCCUUUUGUUAAUGACAAUUAAUUUUAAUAGCUUUAGCUAAUUAGGCCUCUAAUCUAAUUUAAUUGAACUUAAUUUGUUUUAAAUGCUUAACAAAGGAAACUAAGCAGAAAAGCGAAAGAGAAAUAAUGCAAAAAAUUCAAAGAAUUACUCUAAAGCUCCCCCUGACUAUAAUUAGAUUUUAGUUUUUUCCCAAACCUAACUCGUAACUAUAGAACUCGUGUAAAUUAACUACGAUUAUUAGUUUUAUUACUAUUGAUUAUGUACUACGACUAUUAUAACUAUUAUCGAUUCGUGCUGCGGGCGAUUUGUUGAAAUAUUUAUUAAUCCAACUAAACAAAGAGAUUCGCAACACACAACUAAAGCUAGAUACGAAAUCUAAGUGAGGUACACACUUUUAGUUUAUAGAACGCCAAGCAGAUGUAUAAAUUUUUGUUAAAUAUGCUAAGUAAAAGUUCGGUUUAAACAGUAAGCGUCUCAUCAAUUCAAAUAAAACCAUUGUAAACCCAAAA